GUGGUGGAGAAGAAGAAGAAGACCAUGGCCAGACGAGGACGGUCGUUUUCUUAUGUUUUUCGUGGAAAUUGCGUGAAAAAAUUGUUCACAAGUGUCCAAGAAGUAUCUCUUCUCCCACAAGUGACAUCAUCCACGGUCGUGACGUGCAAAAAGUGACCGCCACGCGUGGGAAAGUUGGGAAAAAGAACGCAAAAGUGAAAAAAAUAAAACUUCCCCUCCGGACAAUUUUUCACACAAAUUUUCUUACCCGGAUUUCCUUCUUGUGUCCCCAUUUCUGGACAAUUUCUAGCUCCCCAAAUUCUUGUCGUGAGUCACAGCAGCGAGUCCAGGAAGUGCACAAAAAAUCUCUGCUAAUGAACAAACCGUGAAAAAGUGAAGAGAAAAAAAACAAACUUCUUGGGACUUUGAAGAGACUUUUGUGGAAUUUCCGGGACAAAGCGCCCCCGGGCAUCACCGCGGAAGUGCUCUGGGGGGUUUUGUGCAGAUGCCAAGAGGGGCUGUUGCAGGAUAAAGGUGGUGUGAGUGCGUGAAAAGUUGGCAAAAUGAUGGGGAGUGUCUGGAAAAGGUUGCAGAGAGUCAAUAAAAGGGCUGCCAAGUUCCAAUUUACAGUGUCCUACCACAGUUUGAGGGUCGAAACAACCGCAAAAUGGCGCCCCACAAAUUUAGCCGUUGUGUGGACGCGAAGAAGUCGCAGAGUGGCAUCAACACCGUUGCCCUGGGAGCCAGAUAUGAUGAAUCCCCUCGUGGGGCACAUUCAGUGGCCAGUUCCGGACAAUCACACAAUCUCCGUGACCCUUUUCAAGGAUCCCCGGACGCAUGAGCUUGAGGACAAGGAUUGGACAUUUGUUGUGGAGGAUACAUCACAAAUGCGGAAAAAACGUGUCCUGGCAUCUGCAAGCAUAAAUAUGCGAAAGUAUGCCAGUAUUGAGUCCACGCAGCAAUCAUUCACACUAACCCUGAAGCCUGUUUCGAGGAAAAUAACGUCGGCUGAUUUGGAAUUGACACUUAGCUGUGUUUUUCUUCGUGAAGGGAAAGCUACGGAUGAAGAUAUGCAGAGUAUUGUCUCACUAAUGUCGGUGAAUAAUAAUUCCGAUGUGGCGCCACUUGAUGAUUUGGAAGAUAUUCCUGAUUUAGAGAGCUCUGGGGAUAUUUCGGAGCACGUACUCGACUUUACGCAGCAACUUGAACUUCUUACAUCCAGCUUAACGGGUGGUGGAUCGGAAUUAGCAACACCCAUGAGUGUGCCAUCACUAACAGAGGAUCAGACGCCACUGGCGGAAAAUCCAGCCAUUCCUGACCUUGAGGCUGAUGUGGAGACACCGGGAAAACGCCCAGAAGAGGCACCGAGUGAAGUAACACCGAGACAACCCCAAAUGCCACCAACAGUUAGUAAUUUCUUCACACAGAGAAGUGAUCAAAUGUUGGUGGGACAAAGGAAGCCAACGGCCGUAAAAGAGGUCACUGUGGAGAAGAAAGAACCCACAGGGAUGAAGGAGGACGUUCAUGAUUCAGCUAAAGUGGUGCAAGAACCGAAGAUUGGUGGGAAAACGGCCGAAGAGAGAGAAAAGAGUCGCCUGGAGUUGCAACCACUGAAGCUGAAGAAGAGUUAUGAGAAUGAUAUAGAUCAGGAGACGCCUGAAAAUACGAAAGUUGUACCGCCGAAGAAGAUUGUUCUGCGUGAGAGAACACCUGGGCAGGAUCUUCUUGAAUGGUGCAAGGAGAUCACAAAGGAUUAUCCAGGUGUUAAAGUGACGAAUCUCACAACGAGUUGGCGCAACGGAAUGGCUUUCUGUGCCAUCAUUCAUCAUCACAAUCCUGAUUUAAUUGAUAUGACACACCUAUCGCCACAUGAUGUAGUUGGAAAUUGCCGAAUAGCCUUUGAUGCUGCAGAAUCUCUGGGAAUUCCGCGUGUUAUUGAGCCACGUGAUAUGAAUUUACUUGCAGUCCCCGAUAAAUUGGCCGUUAUGACGUACCUCCAUCAGCUACGUGCUCAUUUUACGGGGCAUCAGCUGCAAUUGGAACAAAUUGGGAAGACAAGUGAUGAGUCGAGCUAUGUAAUUGGGAAUUACAAGACAGACAAUCUCCCGGAUAAGAUGCUGGAUCAGCUGAAAUUGCAGCUUGAUCGACAGAUUGAUGGGAGUGGGGAGGAGAAGAGUGAGGAGAGAAAUGAGAAAUCACCAACAACGAAAAAGGAUGUGAAGAAUUUCUUCCUGACCGGUAGUAAGUCCCUAAUUGGGAAGGUUCUAUCGCCAACGAGGGAACGUGCACAGGAGACACAAGUUCCGCGUGAGAAGCCAAUUUUAAUGACACGACGUGAACUGACGGAUCCAUUUGGGUCAGAUGAGGAGGAUGAACCCCAAGGUAUGGGAAAAUCUAGUCAAGAUGCUGCCAAGAAGAGUACAGAGGGAACACCGGGAGAUGAUAGCCCACCAAUACUCGAUACAGAAACGACGAAUAAAAUACUAAAUCGUCACAAGGAAAUGAGUGAAAAGGCGCGUGUUAUGAUGGAGAAACUCAAGCAGAAUAGUUUAGAGAAUGGAAAAUCUGAUCCGGACAGUGAAGAGAGACAGCAACGUUUGAGGGAGCAUGCACGUCGUCUCAUUGCCGAGACACGCGCCAAAUCACUAAAUCUCGAUUCUCCGUCAUCACCAAUUAAGAUGGUGACGCAGAGGAUAACUCUUUCACCCGAACGAACAAUCUCCCCUAUCAAUAAUAUGGAGUUCAUCUAUCGCAGCAAAGAAAAUUCCCCAAUUCGCGGUGGAUCACCAAUUUCACCCAUUUAUGGGCGUAGCGAUAGGAUAACACCACCACGUGAUAGUCCACUAAAGGGUGGUGUUGGGAUGGAUAAGGAGAACAACUGUAGUAGCCCGAGGAGUGAGAAGAAUGGGAAUUCCCCGUUGCAAUCCUUCAAUUCCGUACUGGAACGCAUUUCGCCGCAGCGAGAGAAGAAAUUGGAUAAAAUGUCCUACAUCCAAAGUGAAUUGGAUGCAUUGGAGUGCGAACAGAAGGCAGUGGACCUCAAAGCGAGUGCACUGGAGAAGAAAUUGCGGGCUGUGAUGGGCGGGAAUUCGGCAGAUACGGAUGAGACAGAGGAGCAAUUGCUCUCCCAGUGGUUUACUCUAGUCAACAAGAAGAAUGCCCUCAUUCGACGACAGAUGCAACUCAAUAUAUUAGAGCAAGAGAAUAAUCUUGAGAGGAAGUAUGAGCUGCUUAAUAGAGAGCUAAGGGCAGCUCUAUCUGUGGAGGAUUGGCGAAAGUCCGAGGAACAGCGAGAACGUGAGACACUCCUCCUUGCUGAGCUCGUUGCCAUUGUGGAUAAACGCAAUGAGCUUGUUCACAAUCUUCAUACACAGGAGCAAGCAAUUGAGGAUGACGAUGAGAUUGAGAAGAAGCUGGAGCAUGUGGAAAUAAAUCCAAAGGAUAAGUGUGUGAUUCAGUGAUUGGGUGGAGGGCAAAAAAAAUUCCCUGUUUUUCGAGAAAAUUCGUCCAUAAAUAACUCUUUGAAAAUUUAUGAGAGAGCUUUUUGUGCACCUGGUAAGCUUUUUUCAAAAUUCACCUAUUUUUUUUCUUUAUUAGCUGUUGAGACGAAAAAUACCAAAGAAACAACAAUUUUUUGUGAGUUUAUGUUGUCUUUUUCCGAAAGAGCUUUUUGUGUGGAAUCCACAGGUUAUAUAGUGGCCCCAAAAUGAGUUGCUACUAUGAGAAAAUUUAUUAAUAAGGAAAAUGUUGAGAGAAUUAAAAAAAAAACAGGGUUUCCAACGAAUCAGACAUUCGAAUUAAGUUUUUCUGUGGUUUUUCUUUUUUUUUUUUUUUUUGUAAAACAGCAAUGUCUUUUACAUUUUCCUCAUACCCUUUUUUUACAACCAAAUGAGCUUCUAGCGGGAUGAGGAAAAAUAAUAUAUUAUUUUAAAAAAGAAAAAAAAAAACGAAAACCAAGGGCUGUAUUCUUCACAAGUGAAAAACUCCCGUGAUAUACUCACGAUGGCUUAUAUCAGGAGAAAAACUGGGAAAACCUCAUUGGGAGUUAACUCCUGUAAGAUUUUCCCGGUUUUCACGUUUCUUUCUAAGCACUAACGCCUAAGGGAGUUUAUCACGGGAGUUUUUCCUUUUCAGAGAAUAAAGCUCCAAGAUUCAGUAGAAUUAAAAAAAAAAUGUUGUGUAAUUAUUUGUGAUUCAAUUCCAAUUGAAGGAAAAAAUAAUAAUUAAUUAAAAGCUUUUCUCGCAUAUUGUCAUACUAAAAAGGGUUAAAAAUUCAUAUAUUAGUAGGUACAUAAUAUAUUUUCAAGCUGAUUUUUUCUGCAUAAAAUUAAAAAGGCUAGAUUGUUGUAUUUAAAUACAAUUCUAAUUAAUUUUUACAUUUUAAACAAGAAAUUCUUUUUUUUUCUUAAAAAGGAUUCUAUGUAUAAUUCUAUGACAAAAAUUUAAUUCUUUCAGUCAAAAGUAAAUCUUUAACUCAUUUUGCAUUUUCCUAUCGUUGGAAAAUGUUGGAAAUGAGUCAAUAUCAAUUUACUUUAUUUUAGGACUUUGAAUUCAUUGAAAAUUGAAAAAUUUAAUAAUAAAAUCUAAUAAAAUUAAACAAAAUUUAAAUUAGAUUUAAAAUAAAAAACUGAAUUAUUUUGAUUUUUCACAAAGUGAAAAUUAAUAAAGAGAAAAGAACAAAAAAAAAAUCUAAUAAUUGUUAAAACUUUUCACUCUGCUAAUUUUUCAACAGUUUAUGAUAAUUUUCACAAUUCUUUUAUUAAAAACUUAAAGACACAAUCUUGUGCUUCAAAAAUCUAUUUAAUUUUCAACAAUUCUAACCUUUUAAAAAUGCAGAUUUAUUGGCUUUUUAUCAUUUCAUUUUUUUUCUAUAUUAGAAGUAUAAAAUAAAAUGGAAAUAGGUAAAAAAAAUGGAAAAAUAAUAAUAGAAAGAAUUAUUUAUCUUCUCAACAAUAAAAAUAAAUUAAUAAAAUAAAACCCAUGGAACAAUCUCUAGAUAUUAAAAUUUUAUGUAUAAUAGUUAACCUGCAAUUUCUAUUUAUUGUCUUGUAAGAAAACUUUACUCAUUUAAAGAAAAAAAAAGAUAUGAAAUAAACAAAAAUUCUCCUCAAAUAUUCCGCCAUUUGCAGAUGGAGAAUUUUUUUUAAUUAGAUGGAAGAAUGUAAUGCAAUAGAAUAAAAAUAUUUUAUUUAUGUUUUAUUUAAUUUUUAUUUUUCAUCUCAUAAUUUCUUUUUCUUUUACCUCAUUGAAGAAAAUUCAUAAAGUUCCGUCCGCAAUCAUUUUCAUUAUUUGUCCCUUUUUUUUUCCUUUGUAACUUUUCAGUAUUUUCAAUUCCAUUUUUAUUCCAAUUUAUGUAAUCAUAGAAAAAAGAUUUUCACGAGAUUAAGGAUCAUUCCCAUAUUUAAGAAGAUUUAUUGGAAUAUUCUUCUGAGGAGCACAAUAAAGGUUUUCACAUAAUAAAUAAAAAAUAAAA